AUGGCUGGCAGUGACGGAAUAGAACAUCGCGUUUCGUGUUUCGAAAAACUUCCGACCGAGACCAUCUGGAUGAUCGCCUCGCUCUGCGAUCACUGGGACAUUGUGGCUCUAGCGUCCACCUCUUCUCACAUGCGAUCCAAGGUCAUCCCGCUUAUUCACAAGAAAGUUCGCAUCGUAGCUCAACAAGAUUCACCAAACGAACAACUUGCCGACUUCUUGGGGCGCCAACCCCCCAUUAAUUCUCGUAUAUCCAGCACAAUCAGUAAAGGCGGGCCACCGCAUCGUUAUGAUCGUCAUGCCCGUGAUGAUGGAGCUGACGGCCUGGCGCAGCAACUUUUCGAAGCUCUACAGUCUAUGCCUAAACUACGAUCAUUGAGCUUACACCUGACCUGCAUGAGCGAUUCCCAAGAGCCUGAGCUGUAUCGCAGAAUGCUGGUUGCGGGAGCUACCGAAAUCCAAUACCUACGAAUCUGCGCCUCAACGCGUGUUACGAGAAGAUUGCUCCAAACAUGUCCUGCGCUCACAACACUAGAUUUUUGCCAUGGUUUUGAACUGGGACAGCUUCACGAGAUUCCGCCAACAGUCAAGCGCCUGGCUGUGACUCUAUAUGUUGAGUCGCAUUUGUCUUCCAGUGUCCGGAUCCCAUCACUCAAAGUUGAGAACAUCCGCCACAUUGUAAGGCUCAAUAGUGGCCUUGAAGAGCUUAUUCUGCGCGAUCUUGAGAAGAAUAAAACCCCCUUUGAUCCUCGGUCAAUUGAAACCGGAGGGUUGGAUGCACUUUUCCCUACUUUGACGCAUGCUAAUUGUCUCCUCAUCCAGAAGGACGCUCUGCGUAAAGCUGCCCAUGAAUUGAGCCGACUACUGAAGUUGCAGCGUCUAACAAUCAAUAUAUGGAGGGGCACAUCUUUACAAGUCCGUAGCCAUAGUCAACUGGUUCCGCUGGAGAAGGAAGACUGGCACAGAAACUGGUACAGCGACUGCAUCUGGAACUUAGGAGAAGCUCUACCACAUGUCCAAAAGAUAUGUAUAAUCUCCGGGCAUCAGACCUAUUGGCAGGGUUCUAGGCAGAUGCCGGAGGGAACGCUUCUCACCGAGAAAAGGACCACGGGCCUCGAAAAAAAGUUUCCUCGCACAUUCAAGAGAUAG